AACGUAAACAACAGAGUGCGGAGAGAGAAAGACACUAUAAAGGAACAAUAAACCAAGCCUAGAGAGAGAGAGAGAGAGAGAGAGACAAAGCGCCAUUAAUGCAGAGCUCAACUACCAUUUCAAUGGACUACAAGUAGUUCACACUUGCAGACGAAGAAUCUUUACUCGAUCCUUUCAAAAUGUGGAAUUCGGCUGAGAAUGCGUUUACAAGAACGCCGUCGUUUCGCGAGGAUGGAGAAGACGAGGAGGCACUCCGCUGGGCCGCUCUUGAGCGGUUGCCCACUUAUGCUCGAGUACGGAGAGGUAUUUUCAAGAAUGUCGUUGGGGAUCAUAAAGAGAUCGAUGUUAGUGAGCUUCAGGCUCAAGAACAGAAGCUCGUGAUAGAACGAUUGGUGAACUCUGUCGAUGAUGAUCCUGAGCUAUUUUUCGAUCGGAUGCGGGAGCGAUUUGAAGCAUUUGGAAUUUCCAAAGAUUGAAGUUCGAUUUCAGAAUCUGACUGUUGAAUCUUUUGUGCAUGUUGGAAGUAGGGCACUUCCAACCAUUCCCAACUUUAUUUGCAAUAUGACUGAGGCAUUUUUAAGGCAACUGCGGAUUUAUCAAGGAAAUAGAAGCAAACUAACAAUUUUAGAUAAUAUUAGUGGGAUUAUUAGACCUUCAAGAUUGACACUGCUGUUGGGUCCUCCAAGCUCUGGAAAGACAACGAUGCUCUUGGCUCUUGCUGGACGUCUUGGAUGUAAUUUGCAGACGUCAGGGAAAAUUACAUACAAUGGAUACAGUCUAAAUGAGUUUGUUGCUCCAAGGACAUCAGCUUAUGUCAGUCAACAGGAUUGGCACGUGGCAGAGAUGACAGUGAGAGAAACUUUAGAUUUGGCAGGACGCUGUCAAGGUGUUGGUUCCAAAUAUGAUAUGCUUUUGGAACUUGCAAGAAGAGAGAAGAUUGCGGGCAUAAAACCUAAUGAAGAUCUAGAUAUAUUCAUGAAGUCAUUAGCUUUGGGGGGACAGGAGACAAGCCUAGUGGUGGAGUACAUUAUGAAGAUUUUAGGGUUGGACACAUGCGCUGACACGUUGGUAGGUGAUGAAAUGCUUAAAGGGAUCUCGGGUGGCCAGAAGAAGCGGCUAACGACAGGUGAAUUACUAAUUGGUCCAGCUAGAGUGCUGUUCAUGGAUGAAAUUUCGAAUGGGCUUGACAGUUCAACCACUUAUCAAAUCAUCAAAUAUCUAAGGCAUUCAACUUGUUCUCUUGAUGGGACUACUGUCAUUUCUUUGCUGCAACCUGCUCCUGAGACUUAUGAACUAUUUGAUGAUGUUAUACUUUUAUGUGAGGGGCAGAUUGUAUACCAGGGACCCCGUGAUUCUGUUCUUGAUUUCUUUUCCUCUAUGGGAUUUCAUUGUCCUCAAAGAAAGAAUGUGGCAGAUUUCUUGCAAGAAGUUACAUCAAAGAAGGACCAAGAGCAGUAUUGGUUUGCUAACCGCCCUUAUCGAUAUAUGCCUCCUGGGAAGUUUGUUCAAGCCUUUCGUGCAUAUCAAACUGGUAAAAGUUUGUAUGAGGAACUAGAAGUUCCUUUUGAUAAACGUUAUAAUCAUCCGGCAGCAUUAUCGAUUUCUCGCUUUGGUGUGAAGCAAAGUGAACUUUUAAAGAUCAGCUUUAACUGGCAAAAGCUACUAAUGAAAAGGAAUUCUUUUAUCUAUGUUUUCAAAUUUAUUCAGCUUCUUAUUGUUGCCUUGAUCACAAUGAGCGUAUUCUUCCGGACAACAAUGCAUCAUGGUACAAUCUAUGAUGGAGGAAUAUUUGUUGGGGCACUAUACUUUUCCAUGGUCAUUAUUCUUUUCAAUGGCUUUACGGAGGUUUCGAUGUUGGUGGCAAAGCUUCCCAUGCUUUACAAGCAUAGAGAUUUGCGCUUUUAUCCAAGCUGGGCUUACACAAUUCCUGCUUGGAUCUUAAGUAUGCCAACUUCACUCAUGGAGUCUGGUCUUUGGGUUGCAGUUACAUAUUAUGUGAUUGGAUAUGAUCCUGAUAUUACAAGAUUUUUUCGGCAGUUCUUGUUAUAUUUCUUUUUGCACCAAAUGUCUAUAGCUUUGUUCCGUGUCAUUGGAUCCUUGGGCCGUAACAUGAUAGUUGCCAACACAUUUGGAUCUUUUGCUAUGUUGGUAGUCAUGGCUCUUGGAGGAUACAUCAUUUCAAGAGAAUAUAUUCCAAGCUGGUGGAUAUGGGGGUUCUGGGUUUCUCCUUUGAUGUAUGCUCAAAAUGCAGCUUCAGUAAAUGAAUUCCUUGGUCAUUCUUGGGAUAAGAGGGCUGGGAAUGACACUAACCUUUCAUUAGGUGAGGCAUUGCUCAGAGCAAGGAGUUUGUUUCCAGAGAGCUACUGGUAUUGGAUCGGUGUCGGUGCUUUGGUUGGAUACACAAUUUUGCUCAAUAUCCUAUUUACAUUCUUUCUAGCUCACCUUAACCCUUGGGGGAGGCAACAAGCCGUUGUCUCCAAGGAAGAGCUUCAAGAGAAAGAAAAAAGACAGAAAGGUGAAAAUGUUGUAAUUGAAUUGAGAGAGUACUUGCAGCAUUCAGACUCACUAAAUGGAAAAUACUUCAAGCAGAGAGGCAUGGUCCUUCCAUUUCAACCGCUUUCCAUGUCUUUCAGCAAUGUCAAUUACUUUGUUGAUGUCCCCGUGGAGUUGAAGCAACAAGGGAUAGUGGAAGACAGAUUGCAGUUAUUGGUUAAUGUCACUGGAGCAUUUAGACCUGGUGUGCUUACAGCAUUGGUUGGAGUCAGUGGUGCUGGCAAAACUACUCUCAUGGAUGUUUUAGCCGGUAGGAAAACGGGAGGGACCAUAGAAGGAAGCAUUUGUAUAUCUGGUUAUCCCAAAAAGCAAGAAACUUUUGCAAGAAUUUCUGGUUACUGUGAGCAAAAUGAUAUUCAUUCUCCUUGCUUGACUGUUCUUGAAUCACUUCUUUUCUCUGCGUGGCUUCGGUUACCAUCAGAAGUUGACAAGGAGACACAACAGGCAUUUGUUGAAGAGGUGAUAGAACUUGUGGAGCUUAAUACAAUAAGUGGAGCAUUGGUUGGUCUACCUGGAGUAGAUGGUCUGUCAACAGAACAAAGAAAAAGAUUAACAAUUGCUGUUGAAUUGGUUGCCAACCCAUCUAUAGUGUUCAUGGAUGAGCCCACAUCAGGAUUGGAUGCAAGGGCUGCUGCCAUUGUGAUGAGGACUGUGAGGAACAUUGUAAACACUGGGCGGACAAUUGUUUGCACGAUCCAUCAACCCAGCAUAGACAUCUUUGAAUCCUUUGAUGAGCUUUUGUUUAUGAAGCGUGGAGGACAACUAAUUUACGCUGGUCCACUUGGCCCCAGGUCUUGUGAUCUCAUCAAGUAUUUUGAGGCAGUUGAUGGUGUGACAAAAAUCAGGCCGAGAUAUAAUCCUGCUGCCUGGAUGCUUGAGGUUACUUCCUCAUCUGAAGAAAAUCGUCUUGGUGUGGACUUUGCUGAAAUUUAUCGAAGAUCUAGUCUCUUUCAACGAAAUAGAGAGUUGGUUGAAAGUCUAAGCAAGCCAAAUAGUAAUGCAAAAGAAUUGAACUUUCCAUCAAAGUAUUCUCAGUCAUUUUUUGAGCAGUUUUUAGCAUGUCUUUGGAAGCAAAACCUAUCUUAUUGGCGAAACCCGCAAUACACUGCAGUUCGCUUCUUCUACACUGUUAUAAUCUCAUUAAUGCUUGGAACAAUAUGUUGGAAAUUUGGAUCAAAAAGGGAGAAUGUGCAAGAACUGUUCAAUUCUAUGGGAUCCAUGUACGCUGCAGUCCUGUUCAUUGGAAUUACCAAUGCAUCUGCUGUUCAGCCAGUUGUUUCUGUUGAAAGAUUUGUUUCAUACAGAGAGAGAGUUGCAGGGAUGUACUCAGCUCUACCCUUUGCAUUUGCUCAGGUUGUUAUUGAGUUCCCAUAUGUGUUCUGUCAGACAAUUAUUUACUGCGGAAUUUUCUAUUCCAUGGCUUCAUUUGAGUGGACUGCUAUCAAAUUUCUUUGGUACAUAUUCUUUAUGUAUUUUACUAUGUUGUACUUCACCUUCUAUGGAAUGAUGACAACUGCCAUCACACCAAAUCAUAAUGUGGCAUCAAUCAUUGCGGCUCCGUUUUAUAUGCUUUGGAACCUUUUCAGUGGCUUUAUGAUUCCUCGCAAGAGAAUCCCUGUAUGGUGGAGAUGGUAUUACUGGGCAAACCCUAUAGCUUGGACUCUGUAUGGCCUCUUGACAUCACAGUACGGUGAUGAUGAUAAACUCAUGAAACUAUCAGAAGGGGAUCACUUGGUACCUGUAAAGCAAGUACUCGAGGAAGUUCUUGGGUAUAGGCAUGAUUUCUUGGUUAUGUCAGGUGUCAUGGUGGUCUGCUUCUGCGUGCUUUUUGCAGUAAUUUUUGCCUUCGCAAUAAAAGCCUUCAAUUUCCAAAGAAGAUGAAAAGGUUGGUUUGUGCUUUUGAUUAAAUAAAACCUUGUAUCCCAAAAGCAUUUUCUGCCACCACCAAGUAUGAUGGUUGCUCAUAAAAAUUGAAACAACAAAUUUCUGUAUCAAUAUAACUUUCUAGAAUGAAUUAUUUGUUUAUCUUUGCCAGAAGUUCUUCCAGGUGUAAAACAAUACUAAUACACGUUUAAUUGCUUUUUUAUAAGAAUUAUUAUAUAUAAAUUGUAAAUUAAAUUGCAUUA